AUGUCAGGAAAACGAACAUUCAGCAGCUCCGAGCCGUCGAGUCCUUCACAGCCUGGUCAGGGCACUCCCGCUGGGCUCGUACGAAUCCGUAGAGGCCGCUUCGAGAACAGGUCUUCCUUAAAUGAGUUGGCUGUAUCUGGGCCAUCGUCUGGUUCUUCCAGUACGCAUGGCUUGGGGGUUCUCACCAUGACAGAUUCGCCUAGCCGCCCUGACAAUACCACCACCGAGCCAGACGAGGAAAUUCAGGUACCCCUUGACCUCGAGUCGGCCGCUGCAUUGCUAUACAUUGGCCUUUCUGCAAAUGCAUCCAACGCGAUAUACCAUCGAUGGAGCAAAGCCGGCACCACUGUCGAGAGCAUGGACUUCCGCAACUUCGCACAGGAGUGCAUUGCCGAGCGCGCUCUUCAAUCCAGCGCUUCGAGCGACAUGCGCAAGACCCUUGAGAAACUGGGAGCAAGCAACAAGCUCGUCGAUCAACUGAUGACGCCUGGACACGACUCGAUCCGCAACACUAAGACUGCUCUACAGUGGCUCGAAGAGAUGAUGGAUGUGCGCUGGGAGUAUCUGCAGUGGGGCAGGGAGGCGAGUAACGCACGCGCUAACACUCCUACAUCGUCAGCCGCACAGAGCCCACUCGAAGUCUUCAAGGCGCGCCAAGCAAGCAAGCUUCGCGAAGAACAAGAACAAGCCCGAAAAGUGACCGCGAAGAACCACCCUUUCACCCCCAAGCCAGGCACUGGGCCUAUGCCCGCGACCCAGACCGCCGACAAGCUCGGCUACACCACACUCUACAAAGGCACAACCCGAGUCCGCGCCGAGCGCAUGUGGUCCCAUCCUUGCCGCCGAGGACCCUUCGCCAUCAGAUCCCUCCGCUCCAAAUCCCCCGGCGACUUCAGCGGCAACACUCAUUCCUUCUCCUUCGCGCCCCAGAUCGAAGGCGCGCAGCUGCACACCCGGUUCUGCAAGACCUGGGCCUCUGAUGUCGGUGGCGUGUGCAUUGUCACCAUUGAAGUUCCGAACGAGGUGAUUGAAGGGGUUGGGAAGUAUAUCCUCACGUUCCCUGAGGGGGAGUUUAAGAGUGUUGUUUGGAAUUCUAGGAAGGGGAAUGGGGUGAAGGUGGUGAAUAGAGGGGCUUAUGAUGCUGAUCUCCUUAUUGGUGAUAGUACUACUGGUAUUGAUGGCGAGUUCAUGAGCGUGGCAAGUGCCUCGGAGAUUGAGGAGAAGAAUCUUAUCAAGACUUCUACCGGGGAGAGAGUCACGCAGUACGUGUUUACCGAUGUGUUUGAGGGCAUUAUCAAUGGGGUUUGCGAGGAUCGCACCAAGAUUUUGCAUAGCGAGGUCACGGGAGUGCAGCUGUUGCCUAUCGAUAUUAGAGGAUAG